UUAAAGACAGUGACAAGAGUAUGUUUAUCAAUAAAUGUUACAGUGUUAUCAGAGAGUCUCAACUGACGGACUAUUGUAUAACUUUGAAGAAUAAAGGAUGUCACGUGUAUCUAUGGCAAAUAUUUCUCCGUUUUCGGAAGUGAUAAAUAUAGUGAAUAGUGACAUUUUGGAUAUGUGAAUGAUUAAAAUGAAUUACGUAGCAAUGAUACUGACAAUAUUUAUCACAACAUGUUUGUCAUAUGUGCGUUCUCUGACAAAUAGAGCAGACGACAAUACAACUGGCGGAUAUGACGUAACAGGUUUAAUGUACUACAAAAAUGCAACAGGAACAUCAAAUAAUGAAAGUACUUCUUUUGAUGCAAUACCACAAAAUAGCAGUUUAGAAACGAUAAUAAGCAAUUCUACAGAUAAAUAUAUCAAUUCCACUCGUCUAUUAGAGAAUACUAAAGAAAGUUAUAUUCGUUGGAAUACCUCAGUCGAGGAGAACGACGUGUUUGUAAAUGAAUCCGACCAAGUUAAAAACAUAUCAUACUGUUACAAUUGUACAACUUUUGACCCAAGAAAUCCAAAUACUUCAGACAUCAUGGAUACGUCUACAACUGAAGAAACCUUUAAACAUGACAAUGUUACAUUGCCUAUGUUUCUUACUGGAAAUAAAAGGAAGCAAAAAAAGUACUAUAUUUCACACCAAACAAAUAGAAACAACGUUAAGAAAUUGUUACCAGAAAAGCAAAGAGUCAUGUUACAACAUCACUUGCAUUUAGUGCCUAUGGAAGAUACACCUUUGGACACUAUGAUGUUACAGGGUCAGCAGUAUGUGGUUAGUGUAUUGUUACCAAUCGGUGUUGGUAUGAUUGGUGCUAGUAUGAUUAUAUGUACGGUAGUCUCGGUAAGAAAGGUUGCAACAAAACGGUUUGUCCACACACCACUAGAUGAUGACGAAGAAGCGGAAAGGUCAACUGAAUCGCAUAUAUCGUGCAUCAGUACAGAUCAUACGGAUAGAGUAUUUUUAUUACCCACCGAGGAUAUUUGAUAACUAUUACAGCUUGUUUUACUGUGGUGUUUUCCGUGUUAUUUGAAAUACUUUUCUGGAUAAUUCAAAAAGCAACAUUGUACAUUAUAAUAUUUUCCAAAUUAAAACAAUAUAGUGUAAAUAGGUGCACGUUGUACACAAACAAAAGAACUGAAAGUAGUUCGAAAUUUCCAAAGCUACCAGAUUGAGCUUUUUUUACAGGACUUGAAAUAUUGUUUUUGAAAUUAAUGUUCCAUUCGAUGUACUUAUGUACUUGUGUUUCAGAAUUUGCCAUUUGCCCACUGCAUUUUCCUUGAAUAAUUAUUUUAAUUGUGAAAAGUUACCCAACAUUACAUUAAAAAAUUGAAAUCCUAGGGAUACACACAGUUAUAACUUUCAAUGUAUUUCUGAAUAUUUUUCUCAAUUAUCAGCUGAUAUAUGUAAGCAAUUCAAUUUUUAGGUUUUAGGCCUUUGGACAUCAGUGGAGUCUGUAAUGUAUUAAGUUGGUUUUUUGCGUGUUAACGUUUUCUUUUGAUGACGUGUUACUUACGUCAUAAAAUAAAAUUAAUAAAAUGACAGGAUAAUGAUACCAUAAGACUUGCAAUAAAAAUACAACAAAACUGUCUGUCACACUGGCUAAAAAUAGUUUUAUUGCUUACUCAGAUAAUGUAACAAAUACAUUUUCAGCACCCACAGCGCACUCAUUUUUUCACAUGUGAGCAAAUUAUUCAUACUUAUCACCAAUGGUAAUGAGAAGAAGUUUCCCUUGGGUAGUGAUAUAAGAAUUUCAUUGACAUAACAUUAUUUAUCCAAUUUGACGGAAGCGAAGCAUUGCCAGACAGCAAAAUAACAUCAACAACUAGUCUAGACUUGAUUAUAACAGACAUUAAAUCAACAUUGUAUACAAACACACGACUUAUGUGAAAAGUAAAAUGCAGUAAUAAAUAUGGUUACAUAUUUCUGGCAACAGUUUAAAACUUAAUUAUCAUAUAAAUUAUGCGGCGAUUGAGUAUGUUUUCGUGUAAAGAGAUAAAUAAUAUACAAUGUACAUUGUAUAUUUAUCUAAUUAACUAGAUAUUUUUUGUAAAUAAGUAACAUUACGAACAAGUACAUGUAUCUUACUUCCAAAUAAAUGUAUACAUGGACAAACGUUGCCACCUUUUGUAUAUCGACAAUUGUCUUUAUCUCUUUUUAUCAUUGGUGUGAAUUAGUCGCUAAAGUAUCAGAAAUUGAUAGGUAGAACUAGAUAAUUUUGGUUUAAAGAUAAUGCUAGCUAUUUUGGACAUAACCUUGCGUUUUCAAUUACUAUCUGACAAUGGUUAAAUGAUUAACAAGAAAAAACACUAUUACUUAUUACUCGUUGUCAUAUUAAUAUCUUUUUAUAUAUAUGCGUUGUGUUAAUAAAUGAGUUAAGAAUGUUAAUAAAAAAAUGUGUUUAUAAUUUAGAUAAUCGUAUGUGUAUAACUAGUUAAAAUUUUUGUUACUAAAUACAGAGAAUGCUUUGGAUAUA